GACAAAUUUUAUUAGAAACUUGUGACGAAACGUCUAAUGUCGGUUUGUCCAUAAUCAGAUGUGCACUAACACAUUCAAGUACAUUCUAAUAAACAUCAGAAUUUAUAAACAGAAAAAAUAUUAAUUUUUAGUUUCCAAUUUACUAUAAGAAUUGUAACAUCGAGAUGCAUGCUAAAGUUAGCAACUUCCUAGAUAUUGACGCAUAUAAAGAAACUUUCGAAACUAAUUUGAAUAAAGAUGAAAUUGCAAAAAACUUUUGGGCUAAGCAGAUUCCACUAUUGAUCAUGAAGUUUGCGGCUCAAGCAAAAGAGAGCCAAAAGACUGACGAUUCCGUAGCGCAAGCUUACAAAACAGAAUACCAGGAAAACGUAGAUUUACUCAUGAACAACAAAGAAGACUUUUUAAGUGUUCGGAUUUUGCUGGAACUGAAUGAGAAGCUUCUUGAAAAGCACGGAUUUCAUGACGUUUGGAAAGCUCAGAAAGGAGCUGAAAAUUCAAAAUCUCUUACAAUGCUUAGUCAAAGAUUAAUUGAAAUUGACGAUAUUAAAGAUUCCGAUGAAAAUAUUAACAAAAGAAAGUGGGAAGAACUUGUUCGUGGCGUUCUUGCCGGCAACAUUUUUGAUUCAGGAGCGACAGCAGUUCAAGAAAUUCUUAAUGACAACCAACAUUUUGGACUUCAUGAUGCACUUAAAGAAAUACAAGAAAGACCGUGGCUUAUUGAUUCGUUUGAUAAGCUCCUGGAAAGAUUUGCAAAUGGAUCAAAACAUAACUGUGCAGCAUUCUUUUGCGAUAACAGUGGCGUUGAUAUCGUACUUGGUGUGCUUCCCUUCGUAAGAGAAUUACUUAAACGUGAAACAAAAGUCAUUUUAUGUGCAAAUUCUGGUCCAAGUUUGAAUGAUGUAACGGCAAAAGAAUUGGUUGAUGUUGUGAGAGAAGCAACUGAGAUAUGUCCAAUAAUAAAAGAAAAUUAUCUCAAUAAAAAUCUCAUUGUACAAGAAAGCGGCCAAAGAGGUUGUUGCUUGAAUUUUUUGAAUAUUGAUGAACAUCUUAUUGACAUUAUGCUGUUAUAUAAAGUCGAUUUAAUAAUAAUUGAAGGAAUGGGGAGAAGUUUACAUACAAAUCUUAAUUCCAGAUUCAAGUGUGACUCUUUGAAACUUGCAGUCAUUAAGAACAAAUUUCUAGCCUCACGUCUUGGUGGAAACUUAUUUGAUGCCAUAUGCAAAUAUGAGAAUAACUCAACAUGAUGACUAGACUCAUUUAACGUCUUAUUCAAGUACCUAAAACCAACAUUACUUCCACACGAAAAAUUCAGACUAUUUUUUAUUUGAUGACUUAAUUAUUCUAUAUCGAAACAUUAUAAAGAAAAUUUAGGAGUGAAAAGAAAAAGAACAAAAUAAUUGAUAAUAAAUGUUGCUUGCAACUAAAUUUAUUCAUUUCUCUUGUAAAUUGGCAAUA